ACGCGGACGCGGAAGUGAUGUCUGAGGCUGCUGCUGUCAACAGUCCACCGUGCGGGUAUAAUAGGUAGAAAUAGAAGAUACAUGUCAGACGUGUGUGCUCUUUACCUGUGCAGAGGUGAGGUGAGGUGACGUGUGCAAUGUUAACAGAGCACGAGGAGACGUUUGGAGGCAUCAGUGACGUAGACGUGCUAACUUAAAGCUAACGGCUAACAGCAGUAACACAUCAGACAGCAGCCAUGGCCGAGGCCGGAGCUCACCUGACCUCCACCUCUGUGAACGAGCAGCCGUCCAUCUUUGAGGUCCUCGCCCAGGAGUCUCUGAUGGAGGCGGUCAGACCGGCCCUGAAACACGCCAUCAAGGUUCUCGCCGAGUCCAACCCCUCCCGCUUCGGCUUCCUGUGGCGGCGCUUCGACGAGCUCUACCUGCUCCUGGACCUCGUCCUGCAGAACCACUUCCUGUCCCACUGCAGCGCCUCCUUCUCUGAAAACUUCUACGGCCUGAAGAGAGCUACUGGACGGGGAUUCGCCGUCCGCCUGGGGCUGAACAGGAAGUCGCACUGGCGCUCUCUCCUGCUCCUGUGCCUCGUGCCGUACCUGCGGGCCAAGCUGGAGGUGACGCUGGCGCAGCAGAGGGACGAGGAGGACUUCUCCAUCCGGUUGGCGCAGAGCAGGAGUCAGAGGCUGUACCGCGCGGCCGUCGCAGCGUAUCCCUACGUGAGCUCGGCCUGGCAGGCGUGGGUCUUCUGCCAACAGAUGCUCUACGUCUUCGGUGUCGCCAAGACCCAUAAUCCUCUUCUGUGGCUCGCCAGGGUCCGACUGGCACGACUAAACGCUCAAGAUAUCAGAGACCUGGAGCUGAAGCCAAGCAGAGCUGGCCACCCAGCUGAGGGGAGCCUGCUGCAGAGGGCGUGGUGGUUGAUGUCACAGACGGCGAGGGGUGCGGCCCUCUCCCUCUCCUCCUCCCUCUCCAUGGGCGUGUUCUUCCUGCAGUUCCUGGAGUGGUGGUACUCCUCAGAGAACCAGAGCACGGUGAAAACGCUCACCUCCCUGCCCGCGCCUCCACCCCCGCUCCACCUGAGGCAGGACCAGAACAACCAGGAGCCUUCGUCCAAUCACAGCGGAGACGCUCAGUCCACCUCCAACACAGUGAACUGUCCGCUGUGCAGAAGGAUUCGAACAAACUCCACGGUGCUGUCGACGUCUGGUUUCGUCUUCUGUUACAGAUGUAUCUACACGUUUGUGAAGGUGAAUCGACGCUGCCCGGUCACAGGAUUCCCCACUGAGCUGCAACACCUCAUCAAAAUCUACUCACCAGAGAGCUAGAGCAAAAUGAUCAGAUCACUUCAGACUGAAAUCUCUUCAAUAAAACUGAGGCUUUGUUCUAAAAGAAAAAAAACCCUCCAGUGUUCAUGAGCUGCAAGACUCUGUGAAAAAGAAAACACACGCUGUGAUUUCUGUUGUCAGCUUUCUGAGGAUUUAAAUGUUUUGCAGGAAUUUGUUAAACCACAUUUCCAUUUUCUAAAUCAGGUAACUUCAGGAAAAGCUGCGCAGAAUUGUUUCUGUUUACCAAUUAUGAAGUGUGCCUUUAAAUCCAUGAAGAGAAAUCUGUUUUGUUUUUUAUGAAUAACAAAAAUGCUAAAUGUUCAAUUCACACUGAAUUAAGUUAAUUAUGAAAUUAAAUUAGUUGCUUUGUAUAUAACUUACUGCAUUUUCAUGUGUAAUUUUUAGAUCAGUUUCUUUCCUGUUGUUUUAUCGUUUUCACUUUCCACAGAAACACCUCGGGUGGGGGUGGGACUGUUUUCUAAAAUGCUGUAAUGGAUAUAAAUGGGUUGAACUUGAAUAACACCAAAAGCAAAAAAUGUAUAAAUAAAAUAAAGUAUUUACAUUUUAAACUGCUGUAAGAGUUCUUUAUAAUAUCUUUGAAUCCUUUGCAUGUCCAUCAUGUUGAAGCGAUGUGAUCUAACGUCUGAACUACUUAAAGAACAUGAACAUGAGCUGCAAGUAUGAACAUGUUUCAGUGUCUAUGACAUUAUAUUUUAACUGUUUUUAUUUGUUCUGUUUUUAUGUUUUAUUGCUGCAGAGCCCCGUUGGAAAAGAGACCUCGGCCUCAGUGGGUUCCUGCUAAAAUAAAGGAUAAAUAAAAAUGUGAAAACUUAAAAA